GUCAAAAAACCGAGAAACUCUGCGAUCAUUGUGCAACACUGGAGCUGAAAAUCUGCCGAGGUUGCUGUUGGCGUUGCACGAUUGCUAUUAUCGUUUAGAUUAAAAGACUGAAGAAAAGACUGAAUGCGUUCGGAAUAAUAGAAGCAGUGGGGUGAAUCCCCAGUGUUUGCUGAGCAUGAGCAUGGAGGAUUAUGACUACUUAUUCAAAAUUGUACUGAUAGGAAAUGCAGGAGUGGGCAAAACCUGCCUCGUCCGACGCUUCACUCAGGGGCUCUUCCCUCCUGGACAAGGUGCCACCAUUGGAGUUGAUUUCAUGAUCAAAACUGUGGAAAUAAAAGGAGUGAAGGUGAAGCUCCAGAUCUGGGACACGGCCGGGCAGGAGCGGUUCCGCUCAAUUACCCAGAGUUACUACCGCAGUGCCAACGCUCUUAUUCUGACCUAUGACAUCACCUGUGAAGAUUCCUUCCGGUGCCUUCCUGAGUGGCUGAGGGAGAUCGAGCAGUAUGCCAACAACCAAGUGGUGACAAUCUUAGUAGGGAAUAAGAUAGACCUGGCCGAUAAGCGAGAAGUCCAUCGGCAGCGAGCAGAGGAGUUUGCAGAGGCGCAGAGCAUGCUUUAUCUGGAGACCUCUGCCAAAGAAUCGGACAACGUGGAGAAGCUCUUUCUGGAUCUGGCCUGCGAACUGAUCCGCGAGGCCAAGCAAAACACGUUGGACAACAACGACUCCACUCCCAUGCCUGGAGAAGGGAAAAACAUCAGUUACUUGAGUUGCUGCAGCAUAAACUAGUAGACUUGGCCACUGUGUCUGGCUGAGGGGGGCAACAUGGAUUGCAUACAAAGUGGUUGUAUUGUUAGUAACCACUAUGUAGUUACAGUGGUAAUUGUUUUCCACUGUUGUUGAGGUCUAUUUCUUUUACCCUUCGUAAAUGCCUGGGUAUUUUAAAACAUUCUGGAAAAACAUGAUAUCAAAAUGAUGCUGCUUUUAAAGGUGGGUCUAAAGCUUAGAGAUGCUUUUGGCCAGAAAAAAGGGCCCUGUUAUACAAAAAUGCUUGAUGAUAGGUCAAACAAUGAGAUUUUCUAUACUUAUGUACAAUGCAACAGUUGGGCUUUCCCUGCUGACUUGAGAGUCAGUGUAUUUGUCAUAUUAGAAAUUUGGAAAAUAAUUGAGAAUGCAGAUUUUCAUCAGCAGUUUCACUCACUUGAAGGACUAGUUCUUCUAAAAUAAGCAUUCUGUCAUCAUUUACUUAACUUCAUGUUGUUCCAAACCCAUAUGACUGACUGAAGAACGUUCAUUAAGCUAUUUUCAAACUGAAAGUAUACAGUGUGCAACGCAGUCCAUAUAUGACUUAUGUGUUAUAUUCCAAGUCUUCUGAAGCCAUAUGAUGCUUAUGGGAUUGGAAUGACAUUAGGGUGAGUAAAUAAUGAUAGAGUUAUUAUUUUAGGAUGAACUGCUCCUUUAAGAUCUAUUGCCACAAAAUUGGUGUGUUGGUGUGCACAUUUAUUAUUCGCACAAAAUGCACUUCUUGAUUGCUUGCAAGAUUGUUUGAGGUUGCAUAUGCAUGAGUUUUUGUUUUUUGUUUUUGUUUUAAACAAAUAAGCCAAUAAUGCAAACAGACAGCCAGCUACCUUAUAAAAUCUGUGGCAGGAAGAUGUAAAACCACCAUCUUAAAUCCUCAUUUGUCAGGUAUUUAGUUUAUAAGAAUAUAAACUCCCCUUAUUGCUUGCAUGGUAGUUUGGUUGUGAAUACUCAAUGAAGGCCAUGUCAUAGCAAAAACCCAAUGUGCCUCAGCCAUCUGAAUCCUGUCGUCAUACAUUACAUAGCCCUGGGGAAUCUCAUGGAGCACAUGUUUGGGUCAAAUUUAACCCCAAAAUAUCACUUUAACCUGGUCGAUAUAGUCGAUAAGUUUGGACGUUUUAAUUUAGUUUAUUUCAAGUAUGAUUCUCAGUACUGCAAAAAUAAUACUGCCCUAACACAAUUAUAUUUUUUAAGAUUUUUAUUAUAACACAAACUCCCAUAAUGUAUACAUAGUUUGCAGUAUGUGUGUUUUUAUUGUACUAAUUAUAGGAAUUCGAUUUUUUUUUUGCAUUACAGUAAUAAGAACAGAAAGGAAGAAUUUCCUUAAGUAACUGCAAAAAAUGUAAUUGUUCAUUAAAUCAUUUUUUUUGGUGAAAUACACUACCAAUCAAAAGUUUGGGAUCAGUAUGAUUUUCUUAAAAAAAAAAAAAAAACAUAUUCAGCAAGGAUGCAUUAAAUUAAUGACAUACAUUUAUGUUAUAAAUGAUGUUAUAAAUUCUAUUACAAAUAAAUGCUGUUCUUAUAAACUUUUUUUUUUUACUGAAGAAUCCCACCAAAAAAAUCGCACUUUCCACAAAAAUAUUAAGCAACUGUUUUCAUUAACAAUAAUUAAAGUUUUUCUUGAGCACGAAAUCUGCGUCUUAAAAUAGUUUCUAAAACAUAUGUUACACUGAAGAAUGCAGUAAUGAUAGUUAUAAUAUAUAUUGUGAUAAUAUUUCACAAUAUCAAUGUUUUAACUGUUAUUUGAUCAAAUACAUUCAAUCUAGGGAGAGAUUUAUUCUCAAAACUUAAAUAAAAAUAAAAAAUUCUCCGACCACACACUUUUGAAUGGUAGUGUAUGGCUUGUUCUUGGCAGGUUUCAUGAGAUCAUCCAGUCUAGAUUUUUCAGAUUACAAUUUUAGCUGGCUAAGAUCUAGAUAUCGUCCUUUAUUGUCUUUUCUCAUUAUACGUUAAAAAGUAAACAGAAUGGACUCAAUGUUUUAAUGCACUGUCUAAAAUGCUUGCUUCAUUCCAUAAUGGUAGGUUUUUUUUUUUGUCUUCUUCUGUUUUUUUUUUUUUUCAAGGAUUACUCCAAUACCCAUUUGGAGAUAUUCUGUCCUUUUACACAUUUUUACGUAUUACCAGAAAUGAAAUAUACCAGGAUGCUUUGCUGUUCAUUUAGUCCAGCUUUGGUAUUGUAAUAAUAACCAUAGCGAUGUUUAAAGCUUUUGGCACUUGAGGGGCUGAGAGAACAGUGUGCGAGUAGUUUAUGUGUGAAUGAGAUGUAUUUCAUAGAUGUUUCAGUGAGUUCUUGCACAAAUGGUCUUUGUGUUCCAAUGCAUCAUAUUGAGGAGUUGAUGAUGGAUUUGUUAAACGGUGUGAUACAGUGUGAUUCUGGUUUUUCGGUUGGCCUUUGUUCUGGAACUGUGUUUUGCAUUUUAAUGACUUUUAAACAGUUGGAACUUGUACCUCCAACCUUGGCUGUGCUGUAAGGUUUUUUGCACCUGUGUCAUUACAAUGGAACUGUGAAUCUCCUCUUUUAUAGACUUUCAGUAUUUUACUCGCUGCUACAGAGCUUUUUCUUUUUACAUUUUUUUGUUCUUUUACAAAACUGGUUUAGAUGCCAUGUGCUUAAUUCAGUGAUUUUGUUUAGACUGAUUUAUUUUUAUAAUUUUUUUCUUGACAAAAGGUAUUCACUAAAACACUAAACAUUGUUUAAGUUGAGGACCAAUUGUUUCAGCUUUUUUGUUUUUCCAUGCCAGUUGCUUUGCAGUAUAAUGCAUUUUCCUCAUAUUUACACAUAGCUGCUUAUAUGAUAUUAAGCUUUUCUAUUAACAUUUUAUUUUAAAGUGAUAACCUUUUCUAGUUUUGUAUAAACUGUUUUCUUUCUAUGUUACAUGACGUGCCAUGCACAGUAUUUUCUCUGUCAGGUAUUUUUGUCUAGCAUUCUUUUACAGAUAUAUGCCAUACUGUAAUGUGUUGCAUUGUGUACCAGUAAGACUCUAGAAUUAUUUCUUUUCAAUGUUAAAUGCCCUAAUUUUCAGUAUCGUAUAUGUACUACUAAGUGCUGACUUUUUCUGUUAUUAUGACCAUUUCAUUAUGUAAAGUACAAUAUUCAUCGAAGAGUAACAGUCUUUUGUCUAGUGAAGAUGAAAUGCCAUUCUUUAAACCCACAAGAUCUGUAUCCAAAGUAGAUAACUGUACAUUUAUUGUUUUAGUGUGUGCUUUAAAUAUAUAAGUUGUGAUGCAUUAUGUGUAAUGCAUUUACAUAAAAAGACAAACCCCAUGAUUGCAGCAA